AUUCAAGGUAUGCUAAUAUUUUGAUCGAAAAUGAAAACAAUGACGCCCAAUGCUCAAAACCAGCGGAAGCUCAUAAUUGCCUCAAACCGCCUUCCACUUUCCGUGAAGCCCAAGAACGGCACUUACGAGGCAAUUCCGUCAAGCGGGGGCUUGGUGACCGCCUUAAAGGGUUUAAGUUAUGCCGACUACCUGUGGUUAGGCUGGCCAGGGGUUGAAAUCAAUGAGCGGGACAGAGGUAGUGUCGAUGAAGCCUUAGCCAAAGAAAAUGCCGCUGCAGUAUAUCUAGACGAGAGUUUGGCUCAGAAUCAUUACAAUGGAUUCUCCAAUGGUGUUUUAUGGCCUACGCUACAUUAUCAAUCGGAAGUUUCCUUCGACAACGAGACGUGGGACGCGUACCAGCGUGUUAAUAGCAUCUUCGCUGAUCGAAUAAGUGAGGAGGCGGCGGAUGGUGACUUAAUAUGGGUGCACGAUUAUCACCUACUCCUGCUACCACAAUUACUGCGCGGUCGCCUAUGCGCGCAAAACAAAAGGUGUCCUAUAGGCUAUUCUCUUCACACCCCCUUCCCAGCAGAUGACUUCUGGAGAGGCCUACCUGUUCAAAAGCAGUUGCUUGAUGGUGUUCUUGGUAGCGACAUCAUCGGCUUCCAUACUGACGAGUACAAGACGAACUAGUGGCGC